UCCCGCCCCGGCUCAUCCGGCAUCGCUCCAGGCGCCGGAGUCAAGAUGGAGGAGUACGCGCGGGAGCCCUGCCCUUGGCGGAUCGUAGACGAUUGUGGUGGAGCCUUCACUAUGGGAACCAUUGGUGGUGGGAUCUUCCAGGCCAUCAAAGGUUUCCGGAAUUCUCCAGCGGGAGUAAACCAUCGACUGCGAGGGAGUUUGACGGCUAUUAAAACCAGGGCUCCACAGUUGGGAGGUAGCUUCGCAAUUUGGGGAGGCCUCUUCUCCAUGAUUGACUGCAGCCUGGUUCAGGUCCGUGGAAAGGAAGACCCCUGGAAUUCCAUCACGAGUGGUGCCUUGACAGGAGCCAUUCUGGCAGCAAGAAAUGGACCUGUUGCCAUGGUGGGCUCAGCUGCAAUGGGCGGCAUUCUCCUAGCUUUAAUCGAAGGAGCUGGCAUUUUACUGACAAGAUUUGCCUCUGCACAGUUUCCCAAUGGUCCACAGUUCGCCGAAGAUCCAUCCCAGUUGCCUUCAGCCCAGUUACCAUCUUCACCUUUUGGAGAUUAUCGGCAAUAUCAAUAGGAUUUCCCCAGGGUUUCUGUAACGGAAUGAGUGCUAGUGCAAGAAGAGACUUCAGAAGAUCAAGUUGGUCUGUUGGAAAACUACCAGGGGACAACGGUGGCCAAAUAGGCUAUGAAGAGACAUUUACCACUUUUAUUUCUAUUUAAUGAAACAUGAAGGGGAUGUGUAAAAGAUUGUACAUUUAUUUAUUCACACAUGGAUUGCCUUUGUGAUAAAAAUAAAUGUCUAUUGUCUUGAAAAUAAAGUAUGGCAAGUGCUUAGAAGAUGAAGGACCAAAGGGCUAUCAGUGAGCUUCAGACUUGUUUCCUUGGGGGACUUGUUAUCUGGUUUUGUGUGUCCCGUUAGUCAAACAAUAAAAAAAUAUCUCCUGGAACUUACUCUUUCAAGAUAAGUUCUAGAGUUCUACUUUUCAUCCUUGACUACAGAUAAUGGAAAGUUCAUCGAAAGGUGCAUGUUCUACAGUUAGGCCCUCAUCCCGUUGGAGGUCAAUUAUGUAUGAGAAGAAUUGUACUGAGUGACUGAACCAUUCACUGUAAAUAUUUUAUGGAUUGAAGGCUAUGGUGAAAUCCUUUACUUUGAAAAUCAAAUACACUUUGCCUUGGUUUUGAGGACGGCAAAUUAAAAAGGGAAUGCUUUUACUUUUGAUGCACCCAUGGCUGAUCAGCAGAAACCUCAGCAGAUGCAGUUUGCUUCCACUAUGUCCAAUUCUGGAUGAGAAGGAUUCAUGGAAGUAGGGGAGCACUGAGAAAGCCUGUUUUUUUGUGUGCUUGGAAAUAAAGUAUAAGCUGUUUUUCAUGUG